CGCAGCGGAGGAUGCGCAGGUGGGACAGGCCCAGGUUGGCGGGCAGCGUCUCCAGUUGGUUGUUGGAGAGGUCCAGCUCUUGCAGCUGCUUCAGGCGGCUCAGCAGCUUGGGGUCCAAGUGCUCUGAGAGCAGAUUCAUCCCUGACAGGCUGGGGAGAGGGGCAGACAGGGCGGGCUCAGGGGGCAGGCAGGCCUCCCACCCCGCACGCAAGGCAGCCAAGGUUGCCUCCGACGGCUUUGGCACCUGACAUUUCUCCUGCGUGCAUAGCCGAUCCGCCACAUUCCCCCACUUAAUUUAACCCUGUCCCUACUUUAUAACUUGGGGCAGCUGGCCCCCUGCAGGAUGCUUUUCCUGAUCCUCUAGGGGGGCUUUCUGUGCUCCCCAGUCCUCUGUAAUUCUCUCAACAGGUUGCUCCAUAUUCUUUCUGCAAGACUGUCUCCCUAGCAGCCCGGACCCUCUUCUGAGGUAAUGCCGCUCCGGGCCUACCCGACCCAUCUCAUAACGAGAGAACGGCGUUUGUCCCGAAUGAUUAAAGACUCUGUCGAACCGACAGGGUGAUAACGGGGCCGGGCAGGGAGAGAGGAACGGUCCCAGGCUUUCUUCCCGACCGUCCGCCGACCCAGGCCCUGGUGGAGGGCGGUGUGGCCCCGGCCCUUACUCCAGGCUCCGGAUCUUCCCCAGCCGGUCGCACUUGGGUCGCCCCCGCUGGAUCAGCAGCCGCGCCGACAGGGGGCCCAUGGCGAGGAGGCGCGGCCCACGGGGACCUGAUCGACAGCACGCGAAUCCGGUGCUGGCGCCGGCGGUUGUCCGAUUCCAGGAGGUGGCGCCGCGCGAAUCCGUCGGCGGCGGCGACCGGAAGGAAGCGGCCGCGCGGACCUCGUACCCUGCGCGCGCACUACAACUCCCAGCGGCGCCCGCGGUCCCGCGCCUGCGCCCUGGCUGCCAGGACGCGGCGAUGGCGGCUGCGGCGGUGGCGGCCCCAGAGGUCCUUCGGGAAUGUGGUUGCAAGGGUAUCCGGACCUGUCUAAUCUGCGAGCGGCAGCGCGGAGGUGACCAGCCCUGGCAGCACCAGAAAACACACCGGUUCAUUUACUACGCCGACACCGGCUGGGCUGUGGGGGCCGAGGAGUCCGACUUUGAAGGCUGGGCCUUCCCCUUCCCAGGCGUGACACUGAUCGAGGACUUUGUGACCCCGGCGGAAGAAGCUGAGAUGGUACGGCUGAUGGACCGCGACCCCUGGAAGCUCUCACAGUCCGGGCGGAGGAAGCAGGACUACGGCCCCAAAGUCAACUUUCGGAAACAGAAGCUAAAGACCGCCGGCUUCCGGGGCCUCCCCAGCUUCAGCCGGGAGGUGGUGCGGAGAAUGGGCCUCUACCCCGUCCUGGAGGACUUCCGGCCCGUGGAGCAGUGUAACCUGGACUACUGCCCGGAGCGGGGCUCGGCCAUCGACCCCCACCUGGACGACACCUGGCUGUGGGGGGAGCGGCUGCUAAAGAAGAUCUCAUUCAGGGAACAUCUAAAAAGUACAGAAGAGGCCAGAGAAGCACUGGGCAGGGCGGUGAUCGCACCCUGGAUGCCAAGAACGUGGGUAUAUUGGGGUGCCGGGCUCUGGCCCAGGGCAGAGGCCACGCUUCCCUGGGAACAUGCGACUUUGCUGUUGAUAUCAGAGCCGGGCUGCAGUGGAGCUUAGCUGCAAAACAACUGAUGUUUCUCAAAAAAACAAACCUGACCUUUCAAGAGGUAAAAAGAAGUAAUGAUGGAGGCUCCUGACGGUCUCUAGGCUCAGAGCCACACACUGGACGGCCUCACACAAGCCACAGGGUGCCUCUCAGCUGAGGCCAAAAGCGGGAGCGAGCAGCCACGUCUCCAAAGGCCGGGAAUGGUCAUAGAAAUGACGGUGAGGAGGGGAAGCUGGGAAGGGGCUGGGCUGGGACAACUGAGCUGAAUCGACGGGAGCAGGAGGCCAACAGGAAAUAUGUAAAAAGGGUAAGUCAAGAGACAGCAAUUCCCAAACAUCAUUAGAGAUGUGGAGGCGGAGGGGCUGCCAGGGUUUGUCACAAGCCCUUUGCAGUACUUAAUUUUAAACUGCGCAUGUGCUAACUUUGAAAAAAUAAAAAUGACUUUUAAAUGAAA